UCACGUCUUUGAAUUCCACUGAAAAUAAGUCACCAAGUAUAACAUGCACUGCUGAUGGUCGCCCGGGAAACAUGAACUUCACAAGUUUCAGCCAUUACUGGAAUGACGUGUUUAUCCGGAAUGUGCCUGUCACACCUGUUGGACAUAAUGAAACCAGACUGACAUUUAAUCCCGCUACAUAUGAAGACAGUGGGACGUACUACUGUACUGUUGAUAAUGGAGUUCCAGACAGAUCGGGAAAUAUAUCACAGACAGCAACCAGUUAUGUCUACAUCGGAGCAACACCAAAGAUUACUAAGGAAACUGAGCUUGAUAUUCCUGUGGGUGCAGAAAUAGGAAAACCAGCAAUACUACAGAAAACUGUGUUUUCCAAACCAGAUAAUAUUAGUUUCAAUUGGAACAGAUCUGAUAGCAACUCUACCUUUAAUUAUACAAAUAUUAAGCCAGAAAACAUUACUCUGGAAAUAUAUGGUAAAACAGUAAACGACUCUGGCUACAGAAUCUCACUCAAUAUCAGCUCAUUCUCACAGGAAGACAUAGGAACCUACACACUGAAUGUCUGUAAUGGUGUUGGAUGUUCUCAGUUUUCUGUAAACCUGACAGCGGCAGGACCACCUCGUCCUCCAAAAGAGUUCCAACAAGAAGGGGAAUCAUCUCACACAGUAAGGUUGUCAUGGUUACCUAACUAUCCAGGCGGUAAAUUCAAACAAAGAUUUAUACUGGAGUACAAACUCCAAAGUGAGUCUGAAUGGAUGACUGAAUGGACCAGUGACUGGUCUGAAUAUUUACCACAAAAUCAGAAAAUGUUUUACAACAUCACAAACCUCAUGGCUAACCAGGUGUAUGACGUCAGGCUGUCAGCUGAGAAUGACCGCCCAAAAGACAAUGUUAGUGUCUUUGUCAACAUAACAGCAAUGACAGCAAAAGAGGCUAAGAAACUAAGUGGACCUGGUUCGGGGAUUGGUGGUGCUGUUGGAGGUGCUGUUGGUUCUGUGGUUGUGGUUGGCGUUAUAGUGGUGCUGGCUGUGUUCUUUGUACGACGAUCACGAUUAUCAAGCAAAAACAAUGCUGUACCACAGACCGGAGACUCUGAUCUCACGUAUGAAGGACUUCAAGAACGGGGAGACUCGGCCCAAUACUCCCAACUCACCGUGUAUCAAAAUCUACACAGCUCUGAUGAUGCACCACAGACCGGAGCCUCUGACGGCACGUAUGAAGGUCUUCAAGAACGGAGAGACUCGGCACAAUACUCCAAACUCACCGUGUAUCAAAAUCUAAACAGCUCUGAUCCAAAUUACAGCAACUUGAGAAGUUUAUCUACAAUGUAAAGAAAACAUCACAAUUUAGUGUUAUAACAGAGAUUAACAUUGAUGUGUAUGACAUAGAGAUUAACAGUGAUGUGUAUGAGAAAGAGAGGGAGGGAGAGGGAGAGAGAGAGAGCGAUCGAGCAGUAGACUUUAUAUGUGCACUGUGAUGUUUCAUUAGUGAAAGACACCAAAUACCAUUUAUUCACGGGAGUUUGUGGGAAGGUCGAACAGACCCAUUUCACAUACCGGAAAUAUAUCUGCACAAGUAGUCUGUUGUUUGACUGAUCAUUUCAUGGCAGAUAGUUGUCAAUGUUAAUAUUACAGUCACUAUUUAGUGUUGGGGGCUGCAUCUAGCUGUCGGUAGAGUGCUAAUCUGAGGUUCGACUCACCUCAAUGGACCCAUUAACAAAUUGUUUUUUUUGGUGUCCCAAGCAAUGCCCCACGAUUUGUAUAUCAAUGGUAUGUGCUGCCAUGCAUGUGGGAAAGUGGGAAAAUGUAGCAGGGUUCCUCUAAGACCCAAUGUUUGACAUCAAAUAGCGGAUGAUUAAUAAAACAGUGUGCUCUAGUGGUGUCGUUAAACAAUAAAAACUUUACUAUUCAAUGGCAAACUUCAAAUGGGGGUAUUUUCUCAUCGCUUGUAUUUUCUUCAGUAUCUCUCUCAUUUAAAUUUAAUUUUAAAUUAUCAAAUCGAUCGCACUUCACUGCAACGAAAAGUACACAAGUUAAAAUACAGCUAGCUUGUUUUCGUUUCAUAUUCGUUUGAAGUGAGGUUUUUUUGGUUUUCACAUUUCAGGCAACUGUUUAUGCCGCAUGCAUCAUUUAUUUGUCUUAUGGUGUAUAGGACAGUUAAAAUGAUAUAUUAUGUGUAUGUACAUAUAUAUUUUUUUUGUAAUAAAGUAUUUAAUGUGU